CUCCUGCCGCCCCCCGCCCGGCCUCGCACUCGGCUUCCGGCCGCUCUCGCUGCGGCCGCACCCGCGCCCGCGCCCGCCCCGCGCCUGCCCCGCGCCCCGCAUGGAGGGCGCAGGGGCCCGGGGGGCCGGGCCGGCGCGGCGCCGGGGAUCCGGGGGCGCCCCGCCGCUGCCGCUGCUGCCACUGCUGCUGCUGCUCUGCCUGCUGCCGGGCCCCGCGGCGUCCCAAGAGCUGAACCCGCGCGGCCGCAACGUGUGCCGCGCGCCCGGCUCCCAGGUACCCACGUGCUGUGCCGGCUGGAGGCAGCAGGGAGAUGAGUGUGCGAUCGCGGUGUGCGAAGGCAAUUCCACGUGCUCGGAGAAUGAGGUGUGCGUGCGGCCCGGCGAGUGCCGUUGCCGCCACGGCUACUUCGGCGCCAACUGCGACACUAAGUGCCCGCGCCAGUUCUGGGGUCCUGACUGCAAGGAGCUGUGCAGUUGCCACCCACACGGGCAGUGCGAGGACGUGACGGGGCAGUGUACGUGUCACGCGCGGCGCUGGGGAGCGCGCUGCGAGCACGCGUGCCAGUGCCAGCACGGCACGUGCCACCCGAGGAGCGGGGCGUGCCGCUGCGAGCCGGGCUGGUGGGGCGCACAGUGCGCCAGCGCGUGCUACUGCAGCGCCACGUCGCGCUGCGACCCGCAGACGGGCGCCUGCCUGUGCCACGCGGGCUGGUGGGGCCGCAGCUGCAACAACCAGUGCGCGUGCAACUCGUCGCCCUGCGAGCAGCAGAGCGGCCGCUGCCAGUGCCGUGAGCGCACGUUCGGUGCGCGCUGCGAACGCUACUGCCAGUGCUUCCGCGGGCGCUGCCACCCGGUGGACGGCACGUGCGCCUGCGAGCCCGGCUACCGCGGCAAGUACUGCCGGGAGCCGUGCCCCGCCGGCUUCUACGGCCUGGGCUGUCGCCGUCGGUGCGGCCAGUGCAAGGGCCAACAGCCGUGCACGGUGGCCGAAGGGCGCUGCCUGACGUGCGAACCCGGCUGGAACGGAACCAAAUGCGAUCAGCCGUGCGCCACCGGCUUCUAUGGCGAAGGCUGCGGCCACCGCUGCCCGCCCUGCCGCGAUGGGCACGCGUGCAACCACGUGACCGGCAAGUGUCCGCGCUGCAACGCGGGCUGGAUCGGUGACCGGUGCGAGACCAAGUGCAGCAAUGGCACUUACGGCGAGGACUGCGCCUUCGUGUGCUCCGACUGCAGCAGCGGCCACUGCGACUUCCAGUCCGGGCGCUGUCUGUGCAGCCCAGGCCUUCACGGGCCGCACUGUAACCUGACUUGCCCGUCUGGGUUCCACGGGGUGGACUGCGCCCAGGCCUGCAGCUGCAGGGAGGACUCGUGCGACCCGGUCACCGGCGCCUGCCGCCUGGAGACCAACCAGCGCAAGGGCGUGAUGGGCGCGGGCGCGCUGCUCGCCCUGCUCCUCGGCCUGCUGCUCUCGCUGCUCGGCUGCUGCUGUGCCUGCCGCGGCAAGGACCCGGCGCGCAGGCUCCGCCUCCACAGGGACCUCCCGCUGGGGAGGAAGACUCCGCAGAGGCUGUGCGGGCGCUUCAGCCGCAUCAGCAUGAAGCUACCCCGGAUCCCGCUGCGCAGGCAGAAGCUGCCCAAGGUCGUAGUGGCCCACCACGAUCUGGACAACACGCUCAACUGCAGCUUCCUGGAGCCACCCUCGGGGCUGGAGCAGCCCUCUCCAUCAUGGUCCUCCCGGGCCUCCUUCUCCUCCUUUGACACCACAGACGAGGGCCCCGUGUACUGCGUCCCCCACGAGGAGGCGGCAGCCGAAAGCCUGGACACGGAGGGGCCCCCUGACCCUGCGGAGGCCCCGGCACCGUCCCCCGCGCCCUUGGCCUCGCCGGCCUCGGUGGAAGAGCCGGCUCCGCCGCCUGCGUCCUCCGACAGCGAGCCCUCGGCCUCGAGCGUGGAGGGCCCCGGCGCGGCGCUGUAUGCGCGCGUGGCCCGGCGCGAGGCCCGGCCGGCCCGGGCCCCGGGCGAGGCUGGCGGGCUGUCGCCAUCCCCGGAGCGCAGGAAGCCGCCUCCGCCCGACCCCGCCACCAAACCCAAGGUGUCCUGGAUCCACGGCAAGCAUGGCAGCACGGCGGCCGCCGCCCGAGCGCCCUCGCCGCCGCCCCCGGGCCCCGAGGCCGCUCCCAGCCCCAGCAAGAGGAAACGGACGCCCAGCGACCCGUCGGCGCGGCCCGAGGCGCCCGGCAGCCCCGGGGCCCGCGACCCGACGACGCCGCGGCCGCACGGGCUGGCCGAGGAGGCUCCGGCCGCCCCGUCGCCGCCCCGAGCCCGAGCGCGAGGCCGAGGCCUCUCGGAGCUGACGGACGCUCCCGGCCCUCCGCGCAGCGCGCCCGAGGCCGCCUCCAUGCUGGCCGCCGAGCUGCGCGACAAGACUCGCAGCCUGGGCCGCGCCGAGGGACUGCCGGGCGCCCAGGGGCCCCGGGAGAAGCCGGCGCCGCCGCAGAAGGCCAAGCGCUCGGUGCCGCCCGCCUCGCCGGCCCGCGCGUCCCCCGCGCCCGAGGGCUCCGCGGCUGGCUCGCCGGCCCCCGACACCCCGCGGAAGAAGACCCCCAUCCAGAAGCCGCCGCGCAAGAAGAGCCGGGAAGCGGCGGGCGAGCCGGGCAGGGCGGGCGCCCCCACCCUCUAG